AUGGGCCCUGAUACAAACAAUCGCUGUGGCCGUGGAGCUCCUAGUAUUUGUGACACGGCCAGUAGGCCUACAAGGCGGUCCAGUGAGGGGAAGGAAACAGACGCCGGUAUGGUCAGCACAAGGAGACCAGCGAAAAGACGACGGUCAGAUGCUUCUACUAGUGAGAGUUCAACUUCGACAACGCCCACGGGCACGUGUUCGCCUGAGUUGCCCCCGGUCCCCUCCCGUCAGUGCCUCAUAUGUGGAGACAAGGCGACGGGGCUGCAUUACGGCGUGCUGUCGUGUGAGGGGUGCAAAGGUUUUUUCAUGCGUUCAGUGCUGAAUAGAUCCACCUAUAAAUGUAAAAACCACGGUCGGUGUGUUAUGAACAAAAGGUCUAGAAACCGCUGUCAGUACUGCCGGCUGUCCCAGUGUCUUAAGAUUGGAAUGAACAAAGGAGCUAUAAGAGAGGAUCGCAUGCCCGGUGGUAGAUCACGCCAUGUUGGACAAUAUAAGUAUUCACAACAGAAAAUGGAGCGGAUACUUAGUGGAUAUUACUCUGAUAGUGAUACGGAAUCUGCACAAAGUCUCAGUCCUAGCCAUCUUUCUGAUGGCGCGGAAAGUAUUGAGUGCAAAUCGGCCAGUGAUGCACGCCCAAUUUGCCAGUGCCCUCAAGACAUCCUGGACAACCACAAUCUCCGUCUGUGGCGACUGGCUCUCCCGCGUCUCCUGGAGCUUGACCAGAACCCCUUGCUCACCGUGUUCCCAAACUGUGAUGGACAAUUGUCUGAUGGCGACAUGUUAUCUCUCAUUAACGACCUUGCCAUAGAACUUUGUAAGCGACAGAGCGGUUGGGUGAAGAAUCUCCCCAUCUAUGGCUCUAUCCCGCUGAGUGACAUUGCGUCUUUAACCACGGAUAGUUUCUUUGAGGUGACGAUACUGAGCUCGCUGAUGAUGAGGAGGAACGGGCUGGCGUCUCACCUGCGCCAGGCUAUGACCAGGUACCAGCCGUCUAAAGAAUCUUUACAAGCUCAAAGUAAAAGCCUAACGGCCGCCUUUUACCAGGUGUGCAGUAAGAUACUGCAGCUGAGACUUACCAUGGAAGAGUUUGCCUGCCUGAAGGCAUUGUCCUUCCUUCAACCAGACAGGCUCAACUGUCAACACCAAUGCCUUGUGUCACACCACCGGGACAAGUACGAGAAUCUCGUUCGUGACAUCUCGUCCUCUUCUGGAGGAACGCUGGAUCCCGAGAGGGCUUCAAAUAUCAUCAAGGUUCGCUGCCUUCUCACGGCAGUGUCUGCAGAACUGCGUGAAAUGCCCCUCGACGAUUUGCCAGUUGUGUUGAAAUGUCUCUUUAACAUAGAAAUGAAGCCGAGCAAGUGA